AUGCGCUCGGUGUCCUCCAGGUCAAGUCAUAGCCACCUGAGGAGCAGUGUGCCGUCAGCACAUAAUCGGCAGGACCCAAUGAGUCUUGAGUCUGGUUGUGCCAAUUCCGAUGUCUUUUUGCAGCGAAGCUGCAGACGGUGCCAUGGAGAAAACGGCUUAAAUGAGCAGCGGUACCAAGUCGGCGUCGUCUCGGCAAGACCGUUGCUUUCGGAGGAAAUGCGGUCACUUGACGCGGUAGAGAUGGGCUCCACAAACCCGGGAAGCAUUACACUCCUAAAGCUGCUUCUGCCGCUACAGCACGCGAACUAUCCAUUCAACAUACACGAGCGACACAGGUCAUUUAUCCCAGGCGACGCUGUGGCUCUGAAAAUAGAAGGCCGUUGUGUGAAAAUAUCACUUGCACGCAUAGAGGAUGUGUACGCCGACAAGAAAUUUAUGGCAAAGAAGCGAAUCGUUUCGCCGCAUACCCGAAACAGUGGGAUGAUUGGAGAGUUCAAGUGCAGUGAUGUCCAGCGCAUAACGUGUGGUAUGCUUGCCGGAGAUACACGACUCUACGCGGUGCGCCUCCGUGGGGCGGCGAGGCUCACAGCACACCUGUGCUUCGGCGAAAGGACACUUUGCUCUUCCUUCCUUAAGCUGCUGAUGGCGAACUGUCAUGCGCGUCCUGAACUAAUUGACGAGGCUGGUGCGCUCACCACGCCGAGACAUUCCGUCUCAGUCGACGUGGCACGCCGCAGCACCUCUGCUUGUCAGUCACGCCAACAGUCCUAUAGUCAGAGUUCAAAUGUGUUAAAUUACACGGUGUCGGGUGGCGAAGAUAGUAAAACGCAAACAAUAUUAUAG